AUGUCGAAACAGACUUACAAAGUCUGCUUCUGCUUCCGACGCAGGUUCCGGUUGGCAGCGGCGGAGGCGCCGGAGGACAUCAAAGCCCUUUUCAAUGAAUAUUCGGAGAAUGGUGUUAUGGGUUUGGAUCAGCUUCAGCGAUUUCUUGUCGAGGUCCAGAAAGAAGAAAAUGCUACAUUGGAAGAUGCCCAGGCUGCUGUGGAUAGUUUGCAUGAGUUCAACAUUUUUCACCGGAAGGGACUCAAUAUUGAGAACUUUUUUAAGUAUCUGUUUGGGGAUGUUAAUCCCCCGCUUAAUCCGAAACUUGGGGUUCAUCAUGACAUGACUGCUCCACUGUCUCACUAUUUUAUAUUUACUGGCCACAAUUCUUAUUUAACCGGAAAUCAACUAAGUAGUGAUUGUAGUGACGUCCCAAUCAUACGUGCUCUUCAGAGAGGUGUAAGAGUAAUUGAAUUGGAUAUAUGGCCAAAUUCCAGAAAAGAUAAUGUCAAUGUUCUGCAUGGGAGGACGCUCACCACUCCUGUGGAACUCAUCAAAUGUUUGAGAUCAAUUAAGGAGCAUGCUUUUUCUGCAUCUGAAUACCCUGUUGUAAUAACACUUGAAGAUCAUCUUACUCCUGAUCUUCAGGCUAAAGUGGCCGAGAUGAUCACUCAAACAUUUGGAGACAUGCUGUUUUCCCCCGGUUCUGAUUGCUUGAGGGAGUUCCCCUCUCCAGAAUCACUAAAGAAAAAGAUUAUUAUAUCCACUAAGCCCCCAAAAGAAUACUUGGAGGCAAAAGAAGUUAAGUUAAGAGAGAGCGAGUCAAAGAAGGGUAAGGAUUCAGGCGAUGAUGAAGCUUGGGGGAUAGAAGUUACUUUCAAAGCAAAAAACGAUGAUGAGAAGGAUGAUGAUUUGGACGAAAGAGAGGGUGACAACAAUGAUGAAGAUGAUUGUAAGUUGCACCAGAAUGAGGCACCGGAAUACAAGCGCCUGAUUGCUAUUCAUGCUGGAAAGGGAAAGGGUUCAAUAAGUGACUGGCUGAGGGUUGAUCCAGAUAAAGUUAGACGUCUUAGCUUAAGCGAGCAAGAGCUCGAAAAGGCUGUAAAUAAUCAUGGAAAAGAUAUUGUCAGGUUUACUCAACGGAACAUAUUGAGAGUAUACCCAAAAGGUACACGCGUCAACUCUUCCAAUUACAAUCCCCUAGUUGGGUGGAUGCAUGGAGCUCAGAUGGUUGCCUUUAAUAUGCAGGGUUACGGAAGAUCACUUUGGUUGAUGCACGGAAUGUUUCGGGCUAAUGGCAGUUGUGGAUAUGUUAAAAAGCCUGAAUUUUUGUUGAAGGCUGGUCCUCGUAAUGAGGUCUUUGAUCCUAAAGUCAAAUUCCCUGUCUUAACUACUUUGAGGGUGACUGUGUAUAUGGGUGAAGGAUGGCAUUAUGACUUCCGUCAUACACACUUCGAUACAUACUCUCCUCCAGAUUUUUAUACUAAGGUAGGAAUUGCUGGAGUGCCUGUUGAUACUAUCAUGAAAAAAACAAAGGUACUCGAGGAUAAUUGGAUACCAAAUUGGGACGAGACGUUUGAGUUCCCAUUAACUGUUCCUGAACUAGCAAUGCUCCGGAUUGAAGUUCAUGAGUACGACAUGUCCGAGAAGGAUGAUUUUGCCGGGCAAACGUGCCUACCGGUUUCGGAACUGAGAAAAGGUAUUCGAGCGGUUCCACUUCAUUCUCGGAAGGGGGAAAAGUACGAGUCAGUGAAGCUUCUUAUGCGAUUUGAAUUUGUUUGA